AUGUAUGUGAAAUGGUUUGAUACAGUAAUGUUUUACUAUGUGAUUUUAGUGAAUGUCACUUUUUGUCAUUUUCAAAUUUCCCGCCGUUCCGUCCCCGUACGUCCCGACGCUCGCAGGGGACGGAACCCAGAUGACAGAUGCCGGCAUCUGCCGGGGACACUGCAGGAGGGAUAUCGCAGGAGCACAGGACAAGGUAAGUGAUCGAGGGAUCCCGGAGCAGCGCUGCAUAGUAAGCCCGAGUGUAGCUCGGGGGUUACCGCUUGUGCUACACUCGGGAAUACCACCCAGGGAGGUU